GAGUGAAGUGAUGCUUCCCCACGAUGAAGCUGCUCCUCAGGUUACUGCUCGAACACAACAAAGCAACAACUCGCCGUUUCCCGGAUCUUUCCCCCGAGCUGAAAAACACACAACAACGGCAACAGCGACGGCAAUGGCUUUUUGAAUUCGUGAAGCUUUAGGACCCGAGAAGAAAACGUGCUUUGCUCCAGCAACGCACCCCCAAGUGCUCUCCACCUUUUCCUGCAAGAAUGGAGUUUCAUUAUGCUCACCCAGCCCUGCUCUCUGAAGCCCAUCUGUCAGACCCCGCUUGCUCUCAGCACAUGCUUGGACUUGGACUUGGCCUGAAUCGCGGCACCAGCAGACAGAAUGAUGGCAACAUCAGCUCCUGUUUGGAAGGCUUUUCGUGUCUGCCCGGCAGACCCCCUCGCUCUCUCUCACCCACAGGCUAACCACAGCCAAUCACAGGGGUGCAGGGGGGAGGUGUCAGAGGAGAGUCAGCACUUAAUUGGUGAUGGUCUCACUGACUGGAUGACGGAAGAAGUGGAUUUCUCCUCAUACCUCCCAAACCCCCCUUCCCCUCCCUCCUCCACCAAUGCCUCCCUUCCCCCCUCACCCCUUCAGAAUGAUAUCCAGGUGCCCUCUGACUUGGAGGUCAUGACCUCUCUGCUGCAGGAGGAACUCGCCCAACUAGAGGACUACUUCCUGUCCGAGCCAGUGCCCGAAAAGGGGCAGAGGCUAGGGAAAUGCGACGGGGGUAGUCUGCCGGCGGGUCCUCAGCCGUACGGUCAGCUGCCAUACGCAUCAUACUCGACACCCAACCAAUCGGACACCAGCCCACUUCUUGUCACCCUGGCAACAGGAGAACUGGACCUGCUGAGUAUCUGUGGCGGGCCCAUUGGGCGAUCCAAAAUUCCAAGACACGCCCCGUACAGCUGCAGUCGCCCCAGUGGGUGUAGUAGGAAAAGAGUCCCUGAUGGUGUGAGGUUCAGUGAAGGUUAUGAUAACAGUUCCAAAGCAAGCAACUCAGGUAACUCAGCGGUGAACCUGUCAGGUAAUUACUGCUGUGGAGAAGACGAGCAGCUGGUAGAAAAGAACUAUUGCCUGGGUAGUGCAGUUGAAGUCAGACGAUGUGCUGCUCUAGCCAAAGAGGACAAAAACUGCUGUUUCAGUCAAGAUGUUAUCGGCGGGGGGAAAGUUGUUGGUGGAGGUUUUGGCUUUGGUGGAUCCCUGGAUGUCCAUCACAAGAGAGAGGAUUUGUUGAUGUAUAGCAUGAGGGAGGUCAGUGGAAUGGCUGGUUGCAACGACAUGCUGAACAGUAUCAAGAGCAGCGUAGAGGUGACAAAAGCUUCUGUCUGUUGGAAAACCGAGAGCAACGAGGGCUGUUAUCUUCCACCACCGCAGCCCGAGGCCUAUCCUAGCUUCUUAGGCAGUGUCAACGAACAGCUUAAAUCAGAGAGUCUGCAGUUAAGGCAACAUGAUCUACACUGUAAUUUCCUCGAGGAUCAGGCCCCAGAGUGUCUUUUAAUGGCCAGGGAGAGUCUGGACUUGGAGUCGUCAGGGCACAGACAAGCAUGUAGGCUAAAGGAAGACCACUGUGACGCAGAGUUCGACCUGGACAUCACCCCGGGUGAAGGCGGGGAACGCAAACAGAAGAAGAGAGAUCAGAACAAAACUGCCGCUCACAGGUAUCGCCAGCGAAAGAGGGCGGAGCUCGAUAUUUUGGAGGAACAGCUGCACGGCCUCGAAGGGAGGAACCGGGAGCUCCGGGACAAGGCAGAGUCCGUAGAACGUGAAAUCCAGUACGUUAAAGAUCUGCUGAUCGAAGUUUACAAAGCCCGUAGCCAGAGGUUGAAGCAGGACACAACAGCGUAACACCGAGCUCGAGCAAGUCCGUCUAAAAAGGGAAUAACAGGGAAAAUGUGGAGCUUAUUUGAAUGUUUCUAACGUUGUUUUUCCACGUUGAGAGGGGUAACUGCAUGCUUCGCUAAUGUGAUUUUCAUUUUUCAUCUUAAAUUAACACUGUCCAAUGCGUCCACUGCUUUCGCACUCCAAUCAAUUGAGCCUGCACUGUGGCAUUGCAAUGCUUAAAAACGACAAUCAUUUUGAAUAGGUCUCACACCGAAUGAAUCUACAAAUUAUUUCUGAAUAAUUACUGUAAUUUAUUAUGCAGGUUUAAUAUUUUUGAUAGCCUUGAAUUGGAAUUGAUGUCAGCAAUAGCGUUUAAUUUUUAUAUUUUUUCCUACUUUAAUCUUUUAAUUGCAUUGACUGUGUCGCCCUUUUCAGUAGUAGAAGUAGUCGAAUAUGUUGUGUCAACUGCAUCGUUUUAUUAAAGACAUCUUUCAGACCAAAUAUUUUUAUAGAGUAAUUUCAAAUCCACCUUUGAACAGAGGACGAUAUUUCAAAUGUGAUAGUUUUGAAAUUAUAAAUGUAUUUACUGAAGGAUCCGGUGACAUACAGAUGAUGAAAAUAACUUGUCAAAAAUGUAUUUUAUUAUUGUUACUCUUUUGUGCACAAUUUUAUUUACUUAAGAUCCAAUGCAGCCCUAACUUUUAUUUCCUCGAUGGGAUUUGUAUGUUUCAAGCUUGUCAUUUUUUAUCCAGUGAAGGUCAAGCAUCUAGAUUUGGUGGAAAUGUUACUUUGCUAUGUUAACAUUACAUCCAUUUGAUUUUUUUGAUGUUUGCAUUACAUGGGACAUAAUAACCUUUUUUGAAAAAAAGCUUGAAAAUGUUUUCCAAAAAUAUAAAUUCGGUCACCAAAUGAGAACUAUUUUAAUAUUUUCCUGUCUCAAAGGUGGAAACUGAUAUCUUAUCGUUUUGUGGUAAUUUGUGAUAUUUUUCUCUGGCACAUAAAAAUGUCUACAAUCUUUCUUGCCACUCAGGAUAUGCAGCAUCUUAUCCUACAUCCUUACAAAUAGCAGUAGACAUUUGGAGAUUACAGACUUGUAAAAUAGCUCCUCUGUUCUUCAUUUAACGUGGGAAAGAUUUGACAGGUUUAAAGGUUUUCCCAGUGGAAAGAAAGGGUUUUCCACAUGUACAAAUAUUGUAAGUAGUGGUAGUAGUUAACAAUCUCAUUCUGCAUGUUUUUCGCUCUGGAAUAGAAAAUGUAGGAUUUCAGAAAUGAGUUUCUCUAAACUGCUUGUUAAGGCAAUACGUUUUCUAGGCCUCUGGCUGAUCUGCACUAAUUUGUAAUGACUUUUGUAUCAGGGAGUGGAGUGUUUCAGCCUUUUCUUUGUAGAAACCUAAAGAAAAAUCUCAUUAGAGUGUUUGUCAAAGCUUUUGCAGUGUUGGCUUUGGUGUGAAAGGAUUCUAUCUAAAUUAUUUUCCCAGCUCUUUUCUCGCUUAAUUCUAAAAAAAAUAUUUUAUUUUCCAAAUGUAUUGAAGACAUUUGUUUUGUAUUGUUUGUUUAGUUUUUGACAAAAACUGGUGUCACACUGUUGUUCCUCCUCCCCGCCCUGCGGUGUACUAUCAACUGUGAAUGUGAAAACCAAAUACACGUGUAGCCUGAUGACAGCAAAUCUAAAAGCACAUUAUAGGGGUUUGUAAUCUUAUUUAAUUUAAUUAUUUAUCCAUAUUAAUUUGUGUGUCGUCAACUUUUCUCCAUUUCAAAAUAAAAUGUCAAACUCA